CAAGGGCCUAUAAGAGCGGUGCGCAAUGCCCGGUCCAUUAGCCAUUCAAAUUCAACGAGGACACGAUGCUCAGACUGUGGCUCUUGGCCGCUCUGUUCACCAUAACCCUUCAGGUGUCGCAGGGCAUCAGCAUCUCUGUUUCUCAACAGGUGCAGAAACUUGCUGCGCAGAAAACGUCGGUCAUCUGCAAAAACCUUGUGGGGCAGUCUUUAAGGACAUGUUGCUCCACUCCAAUCUCUGACUACUUCACGCAAGACGAGAAGAAACAGUGCAACAGUCUGAAGGUUGACGCCACGCUCUUCCUUUGGACCUACGAGUACCAAUUGCACAAAUCGACCAACGCUAAGAACAACAGUCUAAUCCUGUCGUCCACCGCCUUAGCCAAGGCAUUUGGCAAGCAAGCGUGUUUCCUGGAGUGCAUGUUCACCAAGAAAGAAAUACUCGUGGACAGUGCGUUGGUGGAGGACACGGCCAAGACGGUGCUGGCCGCAAACCUGGACGACCCGUGGAAGACGUUGGUGGAGACGGCCAUCACCAACUGUUCGUCCACCAUCACCACCGUGACGGAUCUCGUGCCCACCAUUGACGUCACAAUCAAGGCCAAAGUCAGCAAAACGUGCUACCUCGCUCCCGUCCUGUUGAUGCAGUGCGUCCUCAGCAAAGUUGGAUACUCUUGUCCAGAAGGAAAAAUUGCAGGAGGUGCACCGUGCAUAAAUUCUCUUGCGAAAUUCAACACUUGCGACCUCUUCCCAGCAACGUCCAAGUGAUAUCUAGAUAUUAAUAUAAUUAUGUGGCAUAUAAAUUUCAAUAAUGAGAUUAUCUACUAAUAAAAAUU